GACGUGACGACUGGUAAAGGCGACGCGUUUCUUCGGAGCGGCCGUGGUCGAGCGCGACCAUCGACGAGAUCGCAUUUGGUGCAUCGCCAGGAAAAUUGCACGCUCCUCCUUGUGACGUCGUUAUUGCCAACAACUGGCCGACCAAUCGGCUUGCUUGCGUGGGAGGAACGAAGAGGGACGUAACGAGAGAAAGAGAGAGGAGCAGAGAAAGGAACGGAGAAGUAGGUGGAACGAGAAGAAACCCGAUUGGUCCUACUCCCGGAGGAUAUCGUGGCCAUAGAGGCUCUCGUCCACGAGGAGAGAGACGAGUCCGAAAUAAACGAUACAGGGAUUUUUGGGGGGGCUGACAGUCGGUGGAGAAUCGAACGUUCGAAUUUGAUUCCAAAGGACCGAAGCAUUUUCCUUGUCGAGUAAAAUGCUGUGAGCGAGAUCGUUGACUUUUUAACGUGUCUUUAACCGGGCAGGACGAUUCAACUGGUCGUUCGAAUCGUCGAUCUCUGGGACCAAAUAAUUCGUUUAUUCAAGAAUCUUCUACCUUUCCACGCGUUAUUACAUUUCAUAUCUGCAAAGAGUAAAACCGACCCAACUUUAUUCGCUCGUCUUCCUUCGUUUCUCAUCUCGUCAUCGUGGCAAUUUCUUGUUGGAGGAUGACUCGGGCGAUAACAGGUGAAUAAAUAACAAUAAUAAAAAGUUCACGCUGUCUCGUUGUGAAGUAACGACAGAUGUCGUCAGGAGUAAUUCUAAAGAGACAGAAAUCUACUAGUUAAGCGUCGUAUGUAACUAUAAGAUUUACCUAUGACGAGUCACAUGUACGAUCUUCGAAGUUGCGCAAACUAAAUGGCUUACCGAUAAAUAUUCCAAAGAGAAUCUUCCGACAAGAUUUAAUCGAUCGAUCGUCUUACAGGAUAAAGUACUAAAUAAUGUUAAACCUACUAGACUUUUCCGAUAUACGUAUCUGCUGAAAUUUAUAGCGACGAACAAAGGUAUCGGCGUAGAUUUCACUUUUCUGCAAGAUCUUGCGUACAUCUGUUCUACACUUACAAUAAGUCAGAAGUGUACGAAUACUUUUGUCUCUUAUAUGCUAUAUCCUAGAAAUGAAAAAGAUAUUCCAGAAAAGGAUAUUCCAAGUAAGAAAAGCAGCUUUGCACAGCGAAAGGUAACGAUCUGGUAUUAAAAGCUGAAUCGAGAGGAGAUCUCUCCUCCGUCGGUCCGUCGUCCAUCGUCGGUCGUCCGUCGACCGUCGGGCAAACCAUCGAGGGUCCCUUUCCCCUCGUCUCGGGCUUCAUCGGUGGGCACGAUCGUAAAGCAACAAGUGUUAGCAGCUCCUCGGCCCGUCGCUCCGCCCCCAACUAGCAGCCGCUGCUGAAGCGAUCGGUGGAAAGUGCCCCGAGGCGAUUCAACCACCUCACUCGAGCGUCGAUCGCGCAAGCAACUAGAAAUCCUCGACCCACACUCAGGCUUUUCGUUCUUGCGUACUUCGUUUCGUUUUCCUUCGAGUACCGAAAGACGAGCGCGAUGUUUAUGGUCGCCGCGCGAUCCUGACACGCGCCACAUACCAUUCGUGCCUCCAUCGAGAGUGAUUACUUUUGUCGACUCUGUCGCGCGAGACGAAGUGACAGAAGUGUCGGCCGCUUGCCCGUGCUCGCAACUACCACGAAAAUCUUCCAACAGGUUCGACACCGAGUGGAAGAAUCGCGAGCCUCGGCGAAUUUUCGCCUACAACCUGUGACGAUCUAUGCAUCGAAUGUAUAUAGUGAAUUUCGUGCACGACAACUCGAGAAGUCUUCGUGGUGGCGUUUAAAGAUCCCUGUGCCAUUAAGAUCGUGGAAACGUGAAUCGGUGGUAGCUGGCGAACAGUAGGAUCUUACGGAAUCGGAAGCGAGCGUCGAUCGCGAGAACCGAGGCUAUCGGAAGUAUUUCGGCGAUAGAAGAAGUUCCGAGAAGUGACGGCGUAGGAUCGAGGCCGAGAAACCGUGGAAUACGCAGCAUUCAGCUUUGGCUCGUGUGUUCUGGAACGUCGAUCGUUUACAGUUGAAGAGAGAAGGAGAGAGUGUAGCCGAUAGUGGAAGCAGAAGGAAAAAAAGAGUAAAACGGGCCGAUACACAAAGAAGAAGAAGAAGAAGAAGAGAUUAGAAUUGCCGUGGCUCGAGUCACGACGAGAAAAAAGUCGUUGGAAGAUAGGCCGAGACCUCGGCGAGUUGCCGACGGCUUGGCAUGCAUACCCGUUGCGUUUGCUCGGUUCGUAAUCGAGUGCAAAAUUAAUUAAACGUGACAAACGUGCGCGCCGCGCUCCGAUACCAGGCCAUCUCGCGUCGGAGGGAACGAGCCGAACAGAAAAGAAGAGAAAUCACCGACGCAGCUGGAACAGAAGCGCGAGAAACGGAAGUGACGUGUUACCGCAACGAUAAAAUGGUAAUUGCAAUUAAUCGAUGAACCGUCGCUGGGUAACGUGCACGUUCUCCUUCGAACGAUGAACGCUCGUAGCGCGCGAUAAAUCCGUGGAUUCGUCGGACGCGCCAUCGUUUCUCUCCUUGCUUUCGCGACCGAACAAAAUUGAGAGAAGAUGAACGAUAUCAUGGGCGAGGCAUCCGGUUCGAUUUCGUCGAGCGGCGCUGCUGCUAAUUCCGUCAACUCUAACAGCCCUAUCGCGACUAAUAGCAAUGGAAGCAACGGUAACAACAAUAAUGGAAAAGCGUCGGCUGUCGCUGCUACAGUUGCCGCGAAUGGAGGCGAAAGAAUCAGCGCAGCGGUUACCAAAGUUCUUCAGGGAUACGAUUGGACCCUGGUACCUGUCGCUACCAAGGGUUCUGGUGAUAAAAGAGCGGCCCACGUGAAGAGACCUAUGAACGCGUUUAUGGUGUGGGCUCAAGCUGCAAGGAGAAUACUCGCCGAUCAGUACCCGCAGCUUCACAACGCGGAACUGUCCAAAACACUGGGCAAGCUUUGGCGGUUGCUGUCCGACAGCGACAAGAAACCUUUUAUCGAGGAAGCCGAUCGUCUCCGCGUGAUUCACAAGCGCGAGCAUCCGGACUACAAGUACCAACCUCGUCGUCGAAAGCAAAACGGGCCGUCGGGUCGAGAAGGGUCGCCGUCGAGGAACCAAAGCAACGUGACCUUCAACGUGUCCAGGUCGUUGAAGCAAGAGGACGCGAGUCCUAGGGGCACACAGGGACCGAACUCGCCUCAGAGCGGAGUUAGUUCUUCUCCUCCGACUACCCCUAAUCAAGGAUUGUCACCCCCGACCCCUCCCACUACCCCGCGCGGACAACAUUACGCGAAUCAGGGAAAUCAGCCGCAGCCAAAUAGUACGAUGUAUCAGCAAGACUUGGCGAUUGGUUCGUCGAGCGAUUCACCGCAUCAACAUCAACCAGGAGUCGACUUCAGGUACAUCGAAGUUGGAGAUGGUUUACCAAUCGAGGAGGGUCAAUUGAACGGUCUUGGGUCUCUGGGCGGCGUCGGUUUGAACCUUCCAUUGAACCUUCAAGAAUGCGAAGUCGAGAGCAACGAGCUGGACCAGUACCUUCGGCCUCAGGUGCCGGCGGUACACGUAGCCGCACCAACGACCACCUCCUCUCAAUGGAUAUUCAACAGAUACGAGGAGGAGAUCGAGAGACCGAACAAGCGACACUGCUCGGAGCAACCGAUCGCCGAGACGUCUUGGGAAGACAGAGCGCAGGCGGACAUUGUCAGAUACCACGAGCUUCAGCCACCACUUCCUCCUAUGCAGUACAUAUCCUCUUCCCAUAAUCCACACUAUUCGCACACGACUACGCAGAUGAGCCAUCCGCACGUGUCUACGUCCUACGCGCAAUACCAACGUUACGUACCUGGUAUCGAAACUUGGCCCCAUUACAUGUAGGAACAAAGAGAACAGCGCGAUACGCACGUCAUCGCCCAAUCGACAUUUUUCCGGAGAUUAUUCUUUGGAAACCUAAAUGGUAAAUCGUGUCCCCAUUUACGAACUAACUACAUUAUUAAGUUUUCUCAAGGUUACAUAUUUUAUUGCUGACUUUUCCAAGCGUGUCUGUAUGUGUGUGUGUAUGUGCACGAGUGUGUUUGCCGUAUGCAUGGUGCGUACCUAUGUGCGUACGCGUACACUGCGUCCUAUAAUUAUAAAAUCACAGGAACAAUUUCAAUCAAUCGUUUAAAUUUCGACACGUUCUUUUCACGUUCUAAAAAUCGACCAAAUCAAAUAAACGUAAUCGAAUGUUCUAUCGUUAUUGAAUAUCACGCGAAAAGUAGAGAAGUUAUCGUUUGCAGCGGUUACAAAUUGAUAGUAUUUUGUGAUAAUAGGUAUGUGUGGGCAGGUGAAAUUUCAAUCACGACAAGAGUUAACCACGACAUAUAAGAAUUGAAAAUGUUUAAACGAUGUUAUCAUUACGAUGUAGUGUAGUGUGUUUGUAUGGGUGUGCGCGCGUAUUGCGUUAGCUCGAGAGCGGAAACUGGAUCGCGCGAAGUCCAAUUAAUUAGAAGUUUCCGCGUUUCGAGUUGAACACGUUUCGCGAUCGUUGGACGUUUGGAGGACAUAGAGAUGUUACGGCGCGCACAGCCACGAUCUUACUCCAUGACAUCAUUCCAUGACAGUCGGCCAUUCCAAAGCGCAGAAUUUCAGGCUAAACAAACAGCUCGCUCGAUACGGUGGCCUGCCGCGCGAUCUAAAUAUAAUAAUAAUAUAUAAGGCUUGAAGUGUAAACCGGCCGCUGCGCUGGCGAGUGCGAUUCGGUUGCGUAUCGAAGCUGCCACGCUCUUCAAAUAAACCUGCGAAAUUCGAUCGGUCGUAGUUGGAUCGCCAAAGUCACGCGACAUGGCUGUACCACGUCCACGUGGACGUCCUCUCUGCGAAUUUCGAGUUCGAAGAUGCGUCAGGCAGAGCCGUUGGAUUUCUCGAGAAAGGAACACUUGGUUAAAAUGUCCUAUCUAUCAUUUUGAAAACGAAGAAAAUCGAAAUCUUGUUAUUUCCGCGAUGUUUGCUUCUUUUCGUUCGAAUUAAAAUACCUAGGCAUUGUUUCGUAACAGUCUAUAAUUAUUAUACGUAAGUAUACAAAGAGAUAAUGUACUAUUAACGUAGCAAUUAAUUAAACGCUUCAGAUAGUGGCAAAGACGUAGUAGCAGUGACAUACGCUCAACAUAGCCCCGCACAUUCGUACAUUUAGAUUAAUCGAUACGAAAUUACCAGGUGGUCGAAUACUUGCAUACAGGGAUGCGCAUACUGUUUACGAUAAAACGUUUUAAACGUUAUAAACAAUGAUAUAAUAAUACAAGCAAAGCGUUAUAAACGAAUAAAAUUAUUUGACAAGCAAUUAGGGCACAUAAAUCAGACUGUUUCUAUAUCUCUGGAAGAGACACAGGGUUUCGUAACCUUACAUAAAAGAUAAAAGAUACGUUUUAAGAGAAUUUCGAGCACAUUAACGUACGUUGAAAAAUGAAAAAAAAGCUAGAUAAGACAUUUUAACCGACGAUGAAUCGAGAAGAGGGAAAAGUUGCAAGUUCGAUGGGUUCGUGUCGAGCGAUGAUCGACGAGACAAGAAUCGAAGCACGCGAUCGUCGCGGUAAUUAACGCAGGUAUUAACGCCGUAUUCGUUAUGCUACCCCGAUAGCCGUGCUUUUGUACUUACAUUUAUCGUUAGACAUACAUAUGUAUUUAUCGCGCCGCCUAUAAGAAGCGCGAAAAGCGUAGAGCGUGUAGAAACAUUUGACGCGCGAGCGUUCGAAAAGUUAAUUUAUAAGUACGACGGUAUAUUCUAAGGUUUGUCGGAAUAAAGAAAAGAAAAAAAGAAA